AUGCAGUCUCUCUCUCGUUCACUCGCUCAAGGGUCCAUGCUGGCUCCUCCCCAGGCACCGGAGGAGAUAGGAAUAGUCUAUGAUGCGAUUUCUCCAUUUCUCAGCAUGCCAACCUCGGGAGAAAAAUAUGCAUUUCUAAUCCACCCAUCCCAUACGUCUUGUUCCACCGCAGCGGUGAUACUCGGUAACCCCGCCGCCAGACCUCGCUUAUCGCCGUGUCACGUGGAAGGAAGGCCAUCUGCUUCAUGGACGAGCACUCGGAGGACCCUGUGGCUUGGCGCUAACAUCCCUUGGGGAUUGCAGGGCCUUGAGAUUUUGGCUGUAAAUUGCGAUGGAUCGAGCCUAUGA